AUGAUCUCUCUUGCUUGUCUCCUUAUCCUUUUUGUUGGCCGUCCAUUUGUCAAAUCAGGAGAUUUUGACACUAUUCAAGUCGCACUACCCAUGAGGGGCAAACCGCUUGUUCCAGCGCCCACGACCAACACAACCAACACAACCAGCACGGAAACCACCCCCGACACGUCCAUCACGACCAAAACAACUAAGACUGUGGCUUCAAACAACACCGCGAGGAUCUGUGACGUAGAAGCACCCACACCGGAGGUUUGGAAAGCCCGAAAUAUAUCUGGGUAUCUAGCAAGCUAUCCGAGCGGGCAUAACGUAACAAUUUCGGAAUUCGCAAGACAGAACGGCGUAUCAAAUUUUGCGUGUGGGAUUGGCGAGACUUGUGAUGCAGGACAGAUCUGCUCUCCGAUUCCUGGACCAGUUUGGCACGUUUUAUACGCAGUUCAACAGUGGAAUCACCUUCAGCAAUCUUUUAAUAAAGCAGUAUCUUUUGCUGGUGCCACGAUAAACACCGUUGCAUCACAAAUUUCAAUUGAUCUCUUCCCGCCCGAAAAAGAAAAAUCUGAUCACCUGUUCAAAGUCUCUUUCAUCUUGUCAUUGGUCGUUGCAAUUUGGGCUACUAUCUCCGGGAUUAUAAUGUUCUGGAUGCCUGGAGCGUCUGUGGGUUUCGCGGCGCUAGCUGGAGCUGCAUUGGCAACAGCCCAAACGGCUACAACUAUGGAAGCUCAACAUCUGUAUAAUAACCUGAAGUCGGAUGCUUUUUCCAGAUGGGCGUCAUAUACGGAUGUGAUUUCAAAAUGGCAAGCAGGGAUGCAAAAGAAAUUGAAUGAAGAUAUCAAACGUGCUCUUGAAAGCGGAAUCAAUGACCCGGCAGGCUUUGGUGGAUUGUUUGCUGAUGGAAAAUUGUUCACUAACACGUUGGACAAAACUACUUAUGACAUCGAAAGAUCUCUCGAAGAAGUGGUCAAACGUAGGAUUAUCAAUGCCAUUCUUAUAGAAAAAAAAGCUUUUGUGACUGUCAACAGUGAUGGAUGCAACCAAGGAGGUCCAGAUGGGGCAUUUAAACCAGAGGAUGGAUGGUUGAGUUGGUGCAAAGACGGAAAGAUGAUGAACGUUAUCUAUGCCGAUGGAGACAAAUCCGGGAAUCAGAUAUACAACGCAGGAAUGAUACCGACCAAAUAUGGGAUCACAGUCGAGUACAUGACCACCCAAUCAGAGAAUUGUCAGCAGAAAUUUGGGGGUUACAGUCACGACCCUUACAAGGAUGGACCCUUGCCCACCGACGUAAAUGCGGAUUGUAUUUUCAACCUUCCAGUGUGCUAUCCCAGUUUUGAUAAAUCAAUUCGCAAGAAGAGAAGAAAAAAAGGCACAGUAGUUGCUUGUAGGGAAAAUGCUGCACUUCCAAUAUAG